GUCUAAAGACAAGAUAGAUUAAAAAAAAAAAAACAUUCGUCGCCGUCGUCGGAGAAGAUUCGACUGAGUGGAAGGGGAGUCCGUACAUGGAACUAGGGCUAAUGGUUGAGAGAUAAAAGAGAGAGAGAGAGAGACAAAAUGAGUAGUAACGAAGAAGAGAAGGGAUUGAGGAUAGAGGAGAGUUUGCUGGUGGAUCCAAAGUUGUUGUUCAUCGGCUCCAAGAUUGGCGAAGGCGCUCACGGCAAAGUCUAUCAAGGAAGGUAUGGUUCCCUGAUAGUUGCUAUAAAAGUUCUAAACCGUGGGAGCAGUCCAGAGGACAAGUCAUCCCUCCAAAGCCGUUUCAUCCGCGAAGUCAAUAUGAUGUCCCGAGUCAAACACCACAAUCUUGUAAAGUUCAUCGGAGCCUGCAAAGAUCCUUUAAUGGUUAUUGUAACAGAGUUGCUCCCAGGGAUGUCUCUCCGUAAAUAUCUCACCAGCAUCCGACCUCACCUCCUUGAUCUCCCUCUCGCUUUGUCCUUUGCCCUUGACAUUGCUCGCGCCUUGGACUGCUUACACGCCAAUGGAAUCAUUCACCGUGACCUCAAACCUGACAACUUAUUGCUCACGGAGGAUCAAAAAUCCCUCAAGCUUGCUGAUUUUGGACUUGCUCGGGAAGAAACCGUCACUGAGAUGAUGACCGCUGAGACUGGCACUUACCGUUGGAUGGCUCCUGAGCUCUACAGUACAGUGACGCUGCGUCAAGGAGAGAAGAAGCAUUACAACAACAAGGUUGAUGUCUACAGCUUUGGAAUCGUCCUGUGGGAGCUUCUUACUAACCGGAUGCCUUUCGAGGGCAUGUCCAACCUCCAAGCCGCCUAUGCUGCAGCUUUCAAGCAGGAGAGGCCCGGAUUGCCAGAUGGUAUAUCUCCGAGUCUGGCCUUCAUAGUGCAAUCGUGUUGGGUGGAGGACCCAAACAUGAGGCCCAGCUUCAGUCAGAUUAUCCGAUUGCUCAACGAGUUCAUCCUCACGCUCUCUCCUCCUCCUCAGCCUCUGCCUCUGCCUGAGGGUGAGGCCAACAGAAUCAGAGCUAUCACUGAGUUCUCCAGCCGCGCAAAAGGCAAGUUUGCAUUCAUUCGCCAGCUUUUUGCUGCUAAGAGGAACAAAGACUCUUAGAAUAAGAAGAAGAAGAAAGAUGAUGUUAGGAAGGAGUCUGAAACUGCCACUGCUUUGGGGAUGACUAAAUAAAACAUUAGCAGGAGAUAAGUAGAGCGUUAGACUUAAGAGUAAGUUAGCCACCCUGUCUUUCUUCUCCUUCUUCUUUGCCAAGUUAUUAAGUAGUAGCCUCACAUGCCAAACUAAUUAAUUGGACUCACAUCUUCAAAUUGCUUUGUUUAUCUUUCUAAUUCUAAAAGCAAAAGACAAAAGUGAUAUGUAUAUUAUUAUCCAAUAUAUAAUUUUAAAUUUUCUAGAA